CAAACCUAGAACACAGCCCCAUCUCUCAUUGUCGGCGAAAGCAGGGCUGAACAUAGUAUCUUUUGCCUGAUACCCUGAUACUACCUCUAUACCCAUGGGUAUAACCACGGAAUCAUGAGGGAAAUGUGUGCAAACCCCCUACUGCUGGAGUGGAUCAAAGAAUGGCUAGACCAGGCUCGAGAACGGAACAGCAAGGGCGCCAUCGUAUAUAAAAAAGCAUACGAUUCGAUGAAAGCUUGUCCCUUGGUCUUCCAACACCCGUCCGAGGCCCAGCAACUAAAUGGACUUGGUCCCAAACUAUGCGAUCGGCUGACCGAGAAGCUCAAAGCCUACUGUGAAGAAAAUGGGCUCCCAAUGCCUGAGCAUCCCCAGAAGUCCGCAAACAGCAAAAGGCCAUCCGGCGGAGGAACAACAGAAAGCCAGCCAGCAAAGAAGCCACGAAAGGCUAAACCUUAUGUGCCUACCCUACGGUCUGGACCAUAUGCAUUGAUUCUGGCCCUUGCAACGCUCGACGAGAACUCUUCUCAAGGUCUAACCAAAUCUCAACUGAUUGAGAUAGCACAGCCAAACUGUGACAGUUCGUUCACGGCUCCUAGCGACACAUCGAAGUUCCACACAGCUUGGAGCUCCAUGAAGACAUUAUUGCAGAAAGAAUUUGUGUAUGAUUUUGGACGCCCUCUGAAGAAAUAUGCGCUCACAGAGGAGGGCUGGGAGAUCGCGAAGAGGAUGAAAAAGGUUGCUUCGUCAUCAGACCAAGGCAUAUUAACUUUUGGAAGUCAAGCGGGCAUGCGUACAAGCGGUGCUGAUGAUUCUCAGUCUCAACACGAUGCUGGUGGUAACAGUACUGCUGUCCCAGGAGCUCUCCACCGGGAAGUACUUAAUGUUGAUGAGGCGCCUCAAGUCCACCGAAAUGUGCAAGGAGAACUACUCAAUGAUGGAACAGUCACUCCCAUUACCAUCCCAUCUGACAGCUUCACAGUCCAGCUGGUUCUGGAUGUGCGUGAAGUCCGGUCAUCCAAGGACAGAGAUUACAUUUCCAAUGAACUAAGCAAGAAGGGAGUUUCUCUCGACGUGCGCGCACUCGAGCUAGGUGACGCCAUGUGGGUUGCCAAAUUCCACAACCCAGCCUUCCUAUCCCAAUACGGAGAGGAAGGCGACGAGAUCAUGCUAGACUGGAUCGUCGAGCGAAAGAGACUCGACGACCUCAUCGGGUCCAUGAAAGACGGAAGAUUCCACGAGCAAAAAUUCCGUCUUCGCCGCUCAGGCGUGAAAAACGUCAUCUACCUCAUCGAAGAAUUUAACGUCACGCAAGACGUCAACAGCGUCAUGGCAUCCAAAUAUAACGAAAUGGUAGCCUCCGCCAUUGCCUCGACGCAGGUCGUCAACGGCUAUUUUGUCAAGAGAACCAAAAACCUCGACGAUUCAAUCCGCUACCUAGCGCGAAUGACUUUCCUCCUGCGCAAAAUGUUCAGCUCCUCCCCAGGUGAAACCCCCUCCAACACGCUCAGCCUCAUCCCCAGUCGCCAGCUAUCCUCCUCCCAAUCAUACCUCAACACCCUUGAACGUCACCGAGCAGAGAACCCCACAGUCACAUACGCCGUUACCUUCACCACCUUCUCCGCUCUGACCUCCAAAUCCGACGUCCUCACCCUCCGCGACGUAUUCCUCAAAAUGCUCAUGUGCAUCCGAGGUGUGACGGGAGAAAAAGCUAUCGAGAUCCAACGACGCUGGCCGACCCCGCAGGCAUUCAUCCGAGCUUUUGAAGAACUCGAUCCCAAAGACCGGGAGAAUAUGGUUUCCGAUCGAAUGCAAACGCUCGUGGGCAGGAAGAAGAUCGCCAAGGUUCUGAGCAAGAAGAUCGCAGAGGUGUGGGGCGAGGAUGGUUAGUUCAGAUUGAGAAAUUUACGCUCAUAUGAGACCGUGGGCAGAAGAGAAUCAUACAGUGGGAACCAUCGCCACAUGUAGUAAUUUAUGGUGUGAGAUGCUUGUCUGGUGGAUCACCAGGUUUAACUCGAUGUGUACGAUAUUCCACAAUUCCUAGAUAGGCGAAAG